UAUCAAUACAUAGAACAAAGCAGAUCAUGUCGUCGUCUUCCAUUCGGUAGAGACCGUCUCUGGAACUCUUCAUGACGGCAGGAUAUAGCAGACGUGAUCUAUUUUCUUCAACUGACCCGUCAUGGCGAUGUCCAUACGAACAGAACGUUUCCUCACAGGCAGUCUACGUGUUCGGAGAGGGCGAGAGGGCUGUAGCAAGUCUAAAACAGAAUGAUGAUGAGUCUGUUGAGUUAUCAGUUUUGAGGUCAAGACAGAAAGACAAGAGACUUGAAACAGAUAGUCCUGUGAACAGGCAGUCAAACGUAGAUGUUUUGUAUUUUGAUCGAGAAGUGGCUCAACAUGAUACCCUACAGGGACUGGCUUUACAGUAUGGUUGCACGGUUGGCCAGUUGCUCAAAGCAAACAACUUACUCGUUGAGCAAGAACUUAAACUUCACAAGACAAUCAAAGUGCCUGUUCGAGCACAUGGCCUAUUAGCUGCACAAUUUGAAAAGGAGAGGCGAGAAGCAGAAGACUUGGAGAAAAAGCAAUCACACGCACGCCAUCACAGCCCUAAUCUUCGCGUCCAGGAAAUCAGUAUAAAGCGUGACAUGAAGUCACCGUCUGCGAGUGCGAUGUCGUUCUUGGCAAGAAUGGAUGAGGAUCUACAAAGAAUAAAGCAGUCAAAUAGAAAACACGUGGGGAAGUGCACAGAUAAACGAAGAGACUGGAUGUUAAAUGCUCCGCUGAUACAUCCAAUGAAGAGCAGAUCGGCUGAGCCAACAGUAAAUGAUGGAAAUGUGUGUGGAAUCACGUGGCAUGGCUGGCUGGUGGUAGUAAUACUUGUUUGUAUUCUAUUACCAAUGGUUGUUAUAGUAAUGUUUCUCAAGGGUAAAUUUAGUUUUACGUUGUAAUGUCGAUUUCUUGCAUUUGUAACUGUAUGUACAGUUAGUGUGAGAAUUUUCUAUACUCAUUGAAAUAUUUAUACGAAUAGAA